UUCCUGAAGAUAGCAGCCGGGGAGUGGGUACCUUGGACCAAGAUAGACGUUCAGGAGGACGGGAGAGUCAGGAUCAAGGGACCCAUGUCUGAACUUCUGGAUAUCUUCGCUGACAAGAUGAACUUCGAAUACGAACUGAUCCGGCCCCCAGACAGCCUGUGGGGCGCCCCUGAGGCAGACGGAUCUUGGACCGGGAUGCUGGGGAUGCUGCAGAGACAGGAAGUUGAGUUCGCUGUGGGCCCCUUCGUGGUGACUGACCUCCGCGAGACAGUGUGUGACUUCUCUACGUCCUUCCACACCGAGAACGCUGCCAUCAUCACCAUCCGUCCUACUCUCUACAAUGAUCUCACUGGCUUCGUUAAACCCUACGCUAUGGAGGUAUGGCUGUUGAUGCUCUUGAGUCUAGUGAGUGUGACUGGUGCCGUGACACUGCUGGUAUGGGCAGAGGACAAGCUAAACAACUGCAGCACCCGAAACAUCUUCGUUAAGGCGGCUAUGUGGGCUCUUAAAGUCCUCACACUAGAGAGCUCAUUGUGGCUGCCCAUUACGGACGGGAGUCGCCUCAUAGUGAUUAGUUGGCUCCUGGCAUCCUUGGUGUUCACCACCUCCUACAGCGGGAUCCUGACAGCCAUGCUGACGGUGCCUCGGGUCACCGUCCCUAUAGAUUCUCUUGAGGAUCUGGUGGCUCAGGAGAAAUUGCCCUGGGUCGUUGAGGCUGGUUCUAUGAUGUAUCAAUAUUUCAAGGAAGCUGAAGACGGGGUGCGAUUGAAGGUGUUCAAAGGACUGUAUGAUACCAUUUCUGAUUGCUGGUCAGCAAGGGCAGACAUCGCCAACGGGAAGUUCGCUGCCUUGUGUGACGUAACCUCCAUGAAGAAGGCAAUGUCGUGGGAUUUCAGCACGAGUGGCAAGUGUCACCUGUACAUCUCCAGAGAGAAUUUCUUGAUCAGCUCUCUCGUCUCGGUGGCCUUCAAGAUCAACUCCACUUAUCUGACUCCUGCAAACCAUCUCAUCUCCUUGGUGAAGGAGUCUGGCAUCCUGUAUAAGUGGCUGGGAGACCAGAUCACAAACACCAGCCAGUGUCUUCGUCCACCGACCUCAGACCGCGGGGAGGGCAUCGCUCCUCUCAACAUCGAAGUCCUGGAAGGUUCCUUCCUCAUGCUAGCUGGAGGACUGACUGUGAGUCUCGUAGUCUUCCUUGGAGAGGUCGCUGUGUGGUAUUUAUGUUGCGGUGACCAUAAAGUCUUGGCCAAAAUGUUGAAGAGUUUACAAGGACAGGAACCCUUGAAGGAGGGCACAUAUGAACAGGAGUCCUUCGUCGCAUCUUCAUUAGGACACAUGAACAUAAAUUUAGAAGUAGUCUAG